AUGGAAAGCCUCCUGGACAACCCCAUGAAAGCUGUGCUGUACCUAAAGGAGCUCACUACCAUUGUGCAGAACCAGCAGAGUCUGAUUCAGACGCAGCGGCAGAGAAUAGACGAACUCGAGAGGAAGGUGGAGGAUUUGAUAGGCGAGAAUCGCCAGCUGCGGGCACCGCCACAGCAGAUUUACCAGCACCACCACCAUCCGUCUCCGGGAAGCCCCACCACGCAGUCGCUUGUUCACCUGCAACAGCACACGACCUCCGGAAAGGCUGUGAUUCUUCCAGGUCAGACCUUGCAGCAGCAGCCCGCUGCCUCUCAGGCGCAUCCACCGCAACAUCCUCCCCCGCCACCACCGGCUCCCCAUAAUCCGCAACACCUGCAGCUGGUUCUUACCUCCCCGCCAUCCCCCAAAACGGGUCACCUCAGUCCGUCACCUUCGAAGGACGAUAAUAAACGGAGCCUGUGCCGGACAUCUCUGGUCACACAGACGCCAUCUACCCUUGGUCGCUCUCUGGGGCUCGCCACAACAUCUGAGAAUCAGACUGUUCUGCACCAGUUCUGCUGCCCUGCCCCUGAUGCUGUCGAGGCUGAUUGUCAGUCCAGUCCAGUUCCCAGUGAGACUGAGGCUGAGGCUGAGGCUCUGCACACUGAAGGUGCUGAGAGAGAGGCAGCCAGCUCUGCUGCUGUGCUAGAUGAUGGAGACUCUGACCAGGCACAGCAGGAUGUGUCGAGAACUGUAACUGAAACAGGAGAGGGAGGUGAAGGAGAUGAUGAACAUGAGGAUGAUACUGAGGGUGAAGAACAGCAUCAGUCGGAUCAGACUGCUGCUGCUCCUGCUGCUGCCCACGAUGAGCUGAUAGGGCGUAAUGUGGAGGAGGAGGUGACGCAGGAGGAAUGUGAGCUGGAAAAUGAAGAGGAAGGGGAAGUAGCCUGUUGGGGACCGGGGAGAAGAGCGAGUCUCCACCACACAGCCUCUCCUAUACGAGUUCGGAGGAACAGCAGCUGCUCGCACGCCCAGUCGUCUGUGGCUGACUAUGAACUGUCUCUUGACCUCAAAAACAAGCAGAUCGAAAUGCUAGAGCACAAGUAUGGAGGCCACCUCAUCUCUCGCCGUGCCGCCUGCAAGAUCCAGACGGCCUUCCGCCAGUACCAGCUCAGCAAGAACUUUGAGAAGAUCCGCAACUCGCUGCUUGAGAGCCGCCUGCCACGCCGCAUCUCACUGCGCAAGGUGCGCGUGCAGAACCCAGAGGGCUUCUCAGCUGAGCGGGCGCUGGCAGAGGGAUGUGGACUGGCAGGCAUUCCCUUGGCACGCUCCCCGUCACUACCGGCCACUGUUGGAGGCAAUCUCACAGACUUGGAGGAUACCUUCAACGAACAAGUGCAGUCUCUUGCCAAGUCCAUUGAUGAUGCACUCAGUAAUUGGAGCCUAAAGACUAUAUGUUCUUUACAGGACGGUAGCACAUACCAGUUUAGCAGCGAGAGCUUCAGUGCUGCAAGAAAACACCCGUGUGUCCUGGAAGAGGGAGACAUGUUGAAUUCGACUACGCUGCAAGGUCAUAUAACAACACAGGUAGAGAACUAUGAGAACAUGUCUCGAAACACCAGCAAGUUGAUGAUGGCUUUUCGGGAUGUAACAGUGCAGAUUGAUAGCCAAAAUAUCCACGUGUCGUCCUCUGUCGUGGAGUCCUCUACCUCUGUGUCAGUGGGAAGCUUUGUCCAGCUGGGAGAUGAAGUGGAAAGCCAACGAGAUGCUCAAACCCUAGCCAAAGAAAAAGAGAAGAGCGUGGCAGCAGCAGAACAACAGCACCAGCCCCCCAUUACAAAGCAAGACUCUGGGGAGGAUAAAGAUGAGGAUUUUCCCGCACCUCCGACAUCCUUCGAGGAAGAUCAGCUACAGGAGGAGGAGGUAGUGGAGGAGGAGGAGGAGCCACCCACACCAUUUCUCCCACCCCCAGAAACAGUGGAGGACUCGGAGAAGGCAUUUACAACAAAGAGCACAAACUCCACACAUCCUUCUGAAGCACCACCAGAAAGUGUGGCUAGAAACACAUCUCCAGAAUUACAGGUGCUAACGUCCAAGCACAGCGAAUUGGAGGUCACGGACAACAGCUCUGAACGCAUGAGCAGCAGCAGCACAUCCAACUCUGCCAACUCUGCCUCCGAGGGCUCAUCUAAAGAUCCUCUACAGACGAUGAUCCUAAGCCUGCCACGGUACCAGUGUGAGAACCCAGUGAGCUGUAAGUCCCCCACCCUCUCCACAGACAUCAUGCGGAAACGGCUCUAUCGCAUCGGUCUCAAUCUCUUCAACAUCAAUCCAGAUAAAGGCCUGCAGUUCCUCAUCUCUCGUGGAUUCAUUCCUGACACUCCCAUUGGUGUGGCUCAUUUCCUUCUCCAGAGAAAGGGGCUGAGCCGGCAGAUGAUUGGAGAAUUUCUUGGCAACAGUAAAAAACCCUUCAACCGGGAUGUACUUGACUGUGUUGUAGAUGAGAUGGACUUUUCCGGGAUGGAGUUGGAUGAAGCGCUGAGGAAAUUCCAGGCCCACAUUCGAGUCCAAGGAGAGGCACAGAAGGUGGAGCGACUGAUAGAGGCCUUUAGCCAACGCUACUGUAUGUGCAAUCCAGAUGUGGUGCAGCAGUUCCACAAUCCAGACACCAUCUUCAUCCUAGCGUUUGCAGUCAUUCUCCUCAACACAGACAUGUACAGCCCUAACAUUAAACCAGACCGCAAGAUGAUGCUAGAGGACUUCAUACGAAACUUGAGAGGUGUGGAUGAUGGUGCUGACAUACCUCGGGACAUGGUGGUCGGUAUAUAUGAACGUAUUCAGCAGAGGGAACUUCGCUCCAAUGAGGACCAUGUCACCUACGUCAGCAAAGUGGAACAAAGCAUUGCUGGAAUGAAGACUGUGCUCUCAGUACCCCACAGACGACUUGUAUGCUGCAGUCGACUAUUUGAAGUGGCUGAUGUGAACAAAUCGCAAAAACAGGCUGCGCAUCAGAGAGAGGUCUUCCUUUUCAAUGACCUGAUUGUGAUCCUGAAAUUGUGUCCAAAGAAGAAGGCAACUGCAGCUUACUCCUUCUGCAAAGCCAUGGGGCUGUUGGGAAUGCAGUUCCAUCUGUUUGAGAAUGAAUAUCACUCCCAUGGCAUCACCAUAUUAUCUCCAUUCUCAGGCCUGGACAAGAAGCAGAUCUUGAAUUUUUGUGCUCAGAGUGCCGAGGACCUUCUCAAAUUUGUUGAGGACCUAAAGGAGUCCAUUGCGGAGGUGUCAGAGAUGGAACAAAUACGCAUUGAAUGGGAACUGGAGAAGCAGCGUGGGACGAAGAUACACUCAACCAAGAGCAACAGUUGCCAGUUUGAUAUGAAAGACAGACAAGAUUUGCCAUUAGGUAAGCGGGACUUUGAUGAGAAGAGUGGAAACUGUGAAGUUGAGGUUCCAGAUGUCCCGGGUCAACAGCCCAUGGAGCCCUGAGAACAUCACUCUCUUCAACCAGCAAACAAAACUCUUGAUAGCUGCAGUGCCAAGUCUCAACAGUCUCAAUUGUCUUCACCUACUUUGUCCUCUACCGUACGUCCAUAUACAUGUUACUGUGGCCGAGCUGCAUUCCUUGUCCAUUAAAAAAAAAAGACUGUAGACGUAUGUCCAGAGGAAUCAUUGGCCACAGCGUGAGGUGGCUUCUCAUUGUGCUAAAAAAAAGAGGGAUGAAUUGGGUGCGUUUGUAAACUGCCUCUCCAAGUACACCACCGUCAGCUCUGACUUUGACACCAUUCUGAGCUCCCGUUCAUUUGUCAACAGUGGAAUGCUUUUUUCUUUCGAA